UCUUUGCUUUGCUUUCAAAGCCAUGGAGUCUCCGAGGAACCAUGGUGGCUCUGAGGAGGAGGAGGAAUACAGCAGUUGUGAGUCAGGGUGGACUAUGUACAUAGAAGACGCCUUCCAUGGAAAUGACCAUUCAUCUGUUGUUGUCGAUGAUGAUGAUGAUACACAGGUCAAAGAGGCUGAUCAUGAUGGUUAUGAGAACGAUGAUGGUGAUAGUAGUGAUGAUGGAGGUAAUGAAGAGAGUGAUGAUUCCAUGGCUUCUGAUGCAUCUUCGGGGCCUAGCAAACAGUUUCCGAUGAACAUCAACAAACAUGCAGCUAGGAAGAACGGUUCU